AUGAUGAAAGAAAUCCCACUGAACGUGAAGAACAAGAUAUGUGGCGUCAACUUGAAGGACCAGAGGAGUUACGUGAACAAGACGUCGGAUUUGAAUAUGAUAUAUUUUGUUACACCCACGUACCCUCGACCGGAGCAGGCACCAGAACUGACUAGGCUGGCUCACACACUGAUGCAUGUCCCGCGAUUACAUUGGAUCGUAGCUGAUGAUCAACCUCUUUGCUCCGAUGUCGUUUAUGACAUACUAAGACGAUCGGGAUUGCCUUACACACACAUAUCAAGCCCGAAACCAUUCAAGUAUCAAAUUACUAAUUUCCCUCGAGGAGUAUCAAACCGACGAGCAGCGUUAGCCUGGCUCAAAGACAACGUUCACGAAGGAGUGCUCUACUUCGGAGAUGAUGACAACACGGUAGACCUGCAGCUCUUCGAUGAGAUCAGGAAUACGAAGAAAGUAUCAAUGUUUCCUGUCGGUCUGAUCGGAGAUUAUGGAGUCUCCAGCCCUGUCGUCACAGAUGGAAAGGUGGUAGCAUUCUUCGACUCGUGGGUUGGCUCUAGAACAUUCCCCGUGGACAUGGCGGGGUUCGCCAUCAACAUAAAGUUCCUGAAGGACACCGCUUACAUGCCGUAUAAGACCGGACUAGAAGAAGACAGGUUCCUAGUAAGCUUAGGUUUAAAGUUCGACGAAAUUGAACCUCUCGCUGACAAUUGCUCAAAAAUACUAGUUUGGCAUACAAAAACUAUGAAAAAGAAGAAGCCUAGCCUUAAGAUUGAUGUAAAAAUGUUUGAAAAUUCCCAAAAGUAUCGAGAUUUUGCAGGUUUACUUAAAGAAACUUCGAGAUUAGGGAUGGCAGACGUGAGUUCUGCGAAUGGUUCGAAAGCUUACAUUUUCCUACCGAAGCAACAUAAGCUGACAGAAACGUCAAUGGUAGCACCGAAUAGUUCCAAGUAAUCACCUAAAUUCGUCCGACUACUGCUAGAACUCGGUAAUGGUCAAAACUCGCCACUACAUGUUAAAUCUUCUUUAAUACAGGCGGUAUGUACGACUAGUUCCAAAAUGCCGAAAGUUACUUAUUUAUAGCCGUUCAAAUUUGUGAUUUAUUGCCAUAACAUAAGAUAUUAUAAACAUGUCGCUAAAAUUUUCUUACAGAAAUUGCAUCAAACAACUUUUACGAUAAAAUACAUGUUACAGUUGUUAGGGAAACUGUUGUUUAGAAGAAUGCCCGACUGAUAUUUCAAUAAGUUGGUUCAAAUAGUUACGUAAGUUUCUUUUCAACCGACUUCCAAAAUUUCUUUUCAAUCGACUUCCAAAAAGAAGGGAGGUUCUUAAUGCGACCGGAUAUUUUUUUUUAAAUUAGGAUUUCUUGCACUACUACUUAAACGCACCUAGUAACUGUCCUUUUUCAGAGAUUAAUGAAGACAAAUAGUGAUAUCCUGUUAAUGUUGUAAAGUUUCCCAUCUCGCUAUUUGCAUCUCAUUAUGGAUUAAAAUGAAUGAAGCCAUAGUGCCGAAUAUUUGUGCCUCCAAAAUUAAAUACUAGAUGUCACUGUUGCGACUAUUCUGGUUAGUGUGUAUUUUAUCGAAUAUAAUUUAAAUGUGAUACAUUAAUAUUAAAACAUUCCGUUAGUACGUAGACUGAAAAAAAAUAUAUUAAAUUUUAUAUUAGCGUCACAGAAUGUUGGAAAUUUCUUCUUUUUUACAUUAAAUUGUAAUAACUUUUGAAAGACUGAAUCGAUUUAAACGACGAUAUAAGACUAAAUUGUUACUCGUUACGCACAAUAUUGGUGUAUGUAAGUCUAAAGCAUUGAACACGGCG